CCGCCCCCCACCCCCACAUUGUGGCGAACUAAGGGGGCGGGCAGUGGGGGGAGCCAACGUGGGAGGCGCUUCCACCUUUCCGCCGCUCUUGGGGGGCUGUGUGAGACGGCAGCCUAGCAGCAUCUAGCAUGGCUGGGCGAGGGAAGCUGAUCGCGGUGAUUGGAGACGAGGACACCGUUACCGGUUUCCUGCUGGGUGGCAUCGGAGAGCUCAACAAGCACCGCCACCCGAACUUCCUGGUGGUGGAGAAGGACACAACCAUCAAUGAAAUCGAGGACACCUUCCGGCAGUUUCUAAAUCGGGAUGACAUUGGUAUCAUCCUUAUCAACCAGUAUAUUGCUGAAAUGGUACGGCAUGCAUUGGAUACCCACACACGCUCAAUACCUGCUGUUUUGGAGAUUCCUUCGAAGGAACAUCCCUAUGAUGCAGCCAAGGACUCCAUCCUACGUCGCGCCCGAGGCAUGUUCACUGCUGAAGAUCUCCGCUAAGGGACACCCCAUAUCACCCUUCCCUACAUAUGUCACAUUCCACUACUGAAAUAAAGGGGGGAGGGCUCAUGGUACUUGCUAUUUUUAGGGCCCUGGAGUAAAACUAAGACAGAAUGAAGACUGGAAAACAUAAAGCCCAGCUCCUCAAAUGUUCCCUCUUCUUCCAUUGCCUCUUCCUUCUCCCAGUUGAUUUUGUGCCGUCUUAAUUUGUGUGUCUUCAUGUCAAUGCUAAAUUAAAAUUCAUUUCUCCAGCUA